CCCACGCCCGCGGUUGGUCCCUGUGGCGCAGUGCUGCAUGUUCAGGCAACGCUUCUGCGCUUCGCCACGGACUCGUCCCUGCUUUCCAGUCUACGUUUCUUUCUCGAGGGAUUGUUGCCCUCCUUUGGCUUCGUGGUCUCUGCGGCUGGUGGUCUGGAAACUGCUGAAAGGAGCCGGAUCUCACCUCUGCGAGGGCAGGCGGGAGGCGGCGCGGAACCAGAGCAGAACGGUCAGAGGUCUCUGAGUGAUCUGAAGAGAUUUCCUGGAAACCACCAUUGCGCUGUGCGGUGUUUGUUGAAAAAAUGUUUGGAAGAUUGACUUUUCCACAACUGCUUUUUGCUAGCAUCCUUGGAAUUGCUGGAGGAAUAUAUAUUUAUCAACCAAUAUUUGAACAGUAUUCCAGAGAUCAGAAGGAAUUAAAAGAAAAGUUGAAAUUGGUACAAGACUCAGAAGAGAAGAAAAGUUAAUACUACAUGGAGUCGAACUAUAAUUGCUUAAAGUUCCAUUGAAAUUAUACAUUGACUAUAAAUAAUCUAGUAAAAAGUUAUCAGAUAUAUUUUAAUUGUAAGUAAGUCAUAGAUAAUGAUUUUAAAUUAGUUUUGAAACUAGCACUGUCAAUUUUAAUGUUUCCUGUAUUUUUAUUUGCCAUUUUAUGUCUUUUCACCAGGACAGAUUAGUACUUUCCUUUUAAGCAAAAAUAAAUGUCUUAAGAAAUAUUUUA